AUGCUUGCCUCGGACUACGACUACUCAUCUGACGAGGGGGAGGGUGAGCUUUUCGGUGGCCCAGAGCCAAAGCAAAUGCAACAGCAGCAGGCAGCAACACAAGAUGGCGAUUCCGCACAGGAAGAAAACCUGGAAGUGCAACCUCUCAAGGUUAACGGCGCGAAGAAGGAUGGCCAGACUGAUGGUGAAGCACGAGGCUCAAGCGAGGAUUCCGCCAAACAAAGCGAUGACCGUGAAAGAGGUAGCGAAGAUGCGGUCGAUCGACCUUUGGACCCCAAAGUCUCUCGGAAUGGCACGCUCCGCAACACAGACUCUUUCUUCAAAGACGAAAACACCGAGACACGCAAAAUCACCCUCACUCCCAACCUGCUUCGCGACGACUCCAGUACAUCGACUACAGGCUCCCGCGAGCGCGGCCCCAGUCUCGAAAGUUUGGAGAAGAACGGGUUCGCGGACAAGGUCAAGGACGACAAGAAGAAGAAAGAGAAGAAGUCUGGCAUGCUCAGUGGGCUUUUCAAGCGCAAGGAUCGUAAAGGCAAGGGCGCACAAGACUCUGUGGACAGCGACAUCGAGAAGCCGGAAGAAAUAGACCGCAGCUCGCCGCAAUCGAAACCAUCGGAUGAACUCGCAGAACGACCGUCAGCUGAACAGGCAACAGCUCCAGCACCGUUGAGACAGUUGAGCAAGCCCAAGGUGCAUCGAAGUCAACGUAACCGAGACGAUUCACCGCAAAAGACAAAGGGUAUCUUGAAGACCGAGAGUCCGACUGAGUUGAGCGCCGAGCCAGAUGCCAUGUCGGAUGGACCUGACAAUCAGUCCGCCGCACAACAGUCUACGUCGACCAUGCGUCUAGUCCCGCCCGAACAGGAUCAGGCCAACAGGCCUUCUGUAGAAGAACAGACCAUGUCGCCAGACUCAACAUCCGCGCCUACAAACUCAAGAAACCCAUUCAGUAGUAUGAUGAAAUCACCACAAGAAGGAGAGGUCAAGCGCGAGAAGGUUACCAAGGCGAAGCAGCGCGUGCAGUUGGAUGAUUUCGAUUCAGAUGAAAGCAGCGAUCCUUUCGCGGAUCCUGAUGCUCAGGAUAAGCCAGGCGAGGCUGAGAAGUCUGAGUCUGCUGGACGCCUUUCUGAGUCUCCAGUACACGUCUCUGCAGCGGACGCACAGCCUUCACAGAAAGAGAGUGUUGCCGACAGAGAAAGAGAGUCUGAAUCCCACCACACUCCAGGCCUGUCUACCGAUAGCUCAAGCCAAGAGACUAGCUCCCCCAUUUCGACGCCUACGCCUGACGACAGCCCUAUGAAAACCAUUCCAGAAAACAACACGAUUUCGACUUUCAGGUCUGACAACACUUCCUCACCCACGCAUCAUGCAUCUGAACCGGCCGGUCCUCCACCCUCACGACCAGCACCAAUCCCUACCAAGGAUCGCGAACCUUCGCCGCCCGUAUCCUCGGAAAGCACAAUGCUUCCUGCAUGGUCUGACGCCUCGCUCCGCGCUUACCUCGAUGAUGGUAGCGAGAUUCGUGAUAUGCUCGUCGUUAUUAACGACACUACGGGGGUUGUACCUGUUGGUCGCGAUCAUCCACUGAUGAAGGACUAUCUCUCCGAAGAGACAAAGACCAUGCAAGGCCUGAGUGGCGAACUAGAUCGUCUGCUCAACGGGCUUAUGGAGAAGCGCAUGAAGCGAGCUGGAAGUGGUGCUAGCACCGCGCGCAGCACAAGCGCAAACGGGAGUUUGAGGGCGGGGUCGAGAUUUUAG